CGUUGCGCUAGAGAAAGCGGACUGAAUGUUUGGCUGUUUCGGCUGCACAGGCGCCAUGGUCUUCUUGCUCCGCUCGGGGUUUGUAACCUUUUGUAUUGUGCAUGCUCUGUUUCAGGUGUGGAAAAAGAUUUGAGGUUUUUCCCAACUUUGCAAAAACAUGUACUAGACAUUUGCAGCGCACAUUACGUUUUCGUGCCAGUGUUGUUGACAAUGUUGUCAUCUGUUUAGCCUUCAUCUGCAUUUCUGCCGGGGGGUUGCACUAAUUUUCUUUUUUUCUCACCAACAGUGCUGUCGGCCUCAAGUGUUAAAGUGCGAUGGUUAUAUGUAGCUGCAGCCUGCUACUACACAGUUCUUUGCUACUUGGUUCUAAUUCUGCACGAUUGGUUCAGCGCGAAGCUGACCUGGAGCAACUCCCCUUUUCAUUGGCUAUUCAAAUAGUCUACCAAAACAUUGCGGAAUGCCAACUAUCGAAAAGCAUAUUGACCAUGUUUUAUAUUGAUAUUGAGGGAAAUUAAAUUUCGAUACAUAUCAAUAUCGUCUUAUCAUAGUGUUGUGUCGUUCGCGAACGAUUCGUUCAAAAGAACCGAAUCUUUUAAGUGAACAUACUGAACCAAAUCACUUCUUUUGGUGAUUCGUUCGUUUCUCUCUUCAGUUGAGCUGAAGUGAGAAACAGCAUUGCCAGGCCAGCAGCCGGCGAAUGAGAGACCACAUGCACUGAUGCCUGAAUCACUUGGUGAACGAAUCACACAUUGAACUACACUCUCUGGAAUAAGUUUUGUCGGACAAAACUACCCUGUUUUUAACUGUUAAACUGCCACCACAACAACUUUCAUACAAUAGGACACAGCAUGUAAAAAGUAGUGUAUUAAACCUGCAGCAUCCUAUCAUUGCAGCGGUUUGCGAGAGAACGUCGCAUGUUCAGUUUGAAUUCUUCUAAACGUGUAGUGAACGAAUCACUCAGACCUGAUAAAUAACAUACCAUAGGACAGUAAACUUAAAACAUCAUGACUUAUAAACAAGUUCAUUUUUAAAAACCUGUUUGCCAAAGCAACACAGCCAAACACUCUUGUCUCCCGGUCCCAGAAGCUAUGAAUUGAACUGAAUCCUGAACCAUUCAGCUGUGUAUCAGUUCAGGAGGUCAGAGUCGCAGGCUUCUCCUGCUAAUUGAUUCGGUGACUUGGUGAACGAAUCUUUUGAGUAAACUGAUUCUAGUGAUUCAGUACAUCUAAAAGAACUGCCAGCCCUACUAACUAAUAAAAGUAAAAAGAAUAAUGCAACAGUUAAGGAUUCUAGACCAUAGAAGAUUUUUUUUUUAUAGUGAAUCAUGAUAAAUCUGAUAUUUAUUAGCCUGGAAUAAUGAGCUUGAUAGUUAAUAAGUGUGCAUUUCAUUUCAUUUUUUUUUUUUUUUACAGACUGCAUCAAUUGUGCUGCAAAAACUGUGAUUUUUGGCUUACAGAUACUACAAAAUAAAAUUCGGAACACGAUGUUCCUAUGGUUUUUGGUUAUUUUUUCUCCCUACAUUUUUAUAAUCUUUUUCUCAAACACACUUUCUCCUUCGUCCGUGUAUGUUUGGCUGAUAUACCUCAAUAAAAACAGCGUAAUUGUCCUUACAUUAUCCGCUGUCCUGCAUUAUUUUGGAGGGGCUUCCCCUCCGUGACGCCAUUUCCGGGGGAGACUCUCCAGAAAGGGCCAUUCUCUUUAGUGUUUGCCCUGUUUUCCCAAUGUCCAAAUCCUCACAGCCCGCAUUUUGAUACAAAAAAUAACACCAACCGGCUCUUAAAAUUGGCUCUAAACUAAGGCUGAAGAAAGUAAAUGCACCUGUAUUAUGAAGUAACCAAAAGCUGAACAAAAGGGAACGACGAGGUGAGGUUUAUUUUGCGGUUUGUGCGGUGACUUGUUAGGGGAGGGAGGAAGGGGUCGGGGCGAGUUAGCUAGCAAAUUCACCGGCUUCUCCCAGACAGUAACUACGACACAUUGAAUGUGCGUAUAAAAGUAGUGUCAUGUACUUUUAAUAAUGCGUUUUCUUAAAGACAGCCUUUGUAUUGCAUUUGGACUUUUUCAGAGAGAGGUUGUCCGGUUCUGUUCGGUCUAUCCCUGCCCUGGUAGCGGACAAGCUAACGAGGUGUUCUGGUGAAAAAGGGCUUCAAGCUAACCGGCGACUCGGUUUCUUGUAGGUAGAGAUUGAUGUUAUCUUCGUGACAGUCUUCUUAUACAGUCAGUCUAAGGUUUGGGAGAUGUGAGUCUAGUUUUGGGGGAGGUGGGGGAUGUCUAAACCAUUAGUGUUGCAUCUUUUGCAUUUGUAAAACGAGCUUACCGGUUAAUCUCUGUCAAAACUACCAAAGGAUCCGGUUGACAUUUUUUUAAACAAAGGAGUCUAGAAUUUAGCAAACACUGGUUUAAGUUUAUUUAGUUGUUUUACAUCUAAGUGAAAAGGGGGGCUUCAUGGGCCCCGAAGAAGCCAGACACCUCCCAUCGAGAACAAUGAUAACCAAGGUUCCAUAUCAGCAGCAUCCCUGAGUGAAAGACAAUUUUUCAUUGUUUAACAGCGAAAACAAAGGAUUAAAAUAUGCCUCAGUCAUCUGGUUUGUUAUUGUCUUGCACAGGCUUGUUUGCUGUUACAGGAUAAUUGAAGCUGCCUCUGUUAUAUUGACAAGUUGUGUCUAAAAACCCUCAGCCGAUCACUACCUGUGAUGUGGAUUGGACUGAGACACUACACAAUGUGUCUGUCUCCAGGGUUGUGAUCUUCACUCUCAUUGCAACCAAAUCUGCUUGUGUAUAAAUGAAGUGUUUCGACUAGUAACUUCAUAAGUUUAUCACUUAAAGCAUGAACAAUUUUUGCACUAAAACAGUAUUGGAAUUCUGCAGCUGUGAUUGUGAUAACAGAAUUCUUGUUGAUGUUAGUCAUGCACACCUGAGGUACCACAGUUUCAAAGGGAUAUUCUGGCGUAAGUUGGGAUCAAACACACCAUAACACAGAGUUAGACACCCCAUCGAGAGAUGAAUGUUUACGACUGCUUGCUUCUAGUUAUACCAACUUUAGUUAUGACCGCAGAAUAGCAAUACAGAGAGCCACACGCUCAACCAAAACGCCACUCAGUAGCCACAAAUAAUGCUCAGAACUGCACCUAACUCAACAGUUCAUAUAGGGUCCUAGCCACAGCACCAGCCACCAAACAUCCUUUUAGCUUUGCCUGAUUGCCGUAGCAAAGAGACUAAACACAACUCACCUACUCUCUUCCAGCAGCCGCUUGUUUGUAGUGUGACCUCAGGCCAGUCCAUUACAGACCACAGUGGAGUUUCGCAGCUCAAGGAAGAACAUUUAUGAUCAUUUUCUCAGGGAAAUGCAAUCAGAUCGAGACGCUAAGGCAGAAGAACUACCGUGUCUGCAGUGCAAAAUGACUAUGAUGAUUAUAACUUAAAAGGAAAUGAUAAAGUAAUAAUCAUAAAGCUUUUUUGUUGAGCGCGUUGUUACUAAAAUUAGUAGAACUAGAGAAGCAAGCAGUCGGCAACAUUUAUCUCUUGACAGGGUGUUUAACUGAGAUGUUUGACCCUAACUUAAUUUUAUGCCAGAAUAUCCCUUUAAUAUUCAACCUAUGCAAGAAUAUCACAUUGGGCUGCACCAAUUCACAAAAAUUGAAGGGGUCCUGCUAUUUAAAGGCCCCCAAAACCUUUUUCUAAAAAUCUGAUUGUUCUUUAAUUCUCUACUAACAUAAAAUGUUCAAACUUGUAUUCGAAUUAACUAUUGCAAGUAUUUGAUUUUUUUCACCCCUCUUACAAAUUUGAUUUAAAGAUGUAAAUUUAUCAACCGCCUGAUUUAAAAUUUCAGUAUGAGGGUGAAAAAUGUUUGUCUGAAUGAAGGUGCUUGUUACCAACCACAUCCCACAUAUUUGGGCCUCUGGUUGUUGUUUUUUCUGUUCUGCUGAUGUGGAUUUAGAUGUGGUUGUUUAAUCAGGUCUGUGGUUGGCAACUUGUGUAGGUAAACUGAAAUCUCUGCUGAAGGUUUCUGGCUGUGAUAUUUUGUUUUCCAGUUGAAAAAAUAUGUUACUCUCUUUCAUAUUUAGAAAAUAACAUGUCUAAGUUACAUAUUAAUUAUCUUCAUUUACAGGAAAGCUUACCUUAAAACCUCCUCAAUAAGCAGUUCCUACAUCUCUGGCAUUCACCAUUGUUGCACUACAAAGAUCUUAUCUUGACCUGAGCCUACGAUUGACUGAACCACACCUACAAGGAUGUCCCAGAUACAGUUUCAGUGUACUGCUAGCGCCAUGCCUGCUGCCCCUGCCCCACUGCAGAUGGGGCAGCCACAGCCCGGCUACAGCAUCCCCUGCGCCUCGGGCACCCUACCUUCAGAGAGUGCUAGCCAGCCAGUGAGGAGUUCGGCCCUCCCUGCUGGCUCAGCCACUCCUUACAGUACCACCACAGGUUUGUUGAAUUAUACUUUUCAUUGUUGCAUAGGUUAAGUCCUUAAACCCUUCCAUCAUGUUCUUUUUAUGGAGAUCUCUUUGUUUAUCACUGUCACUGUUUUGAUAUAUGUUGGAUCCUUUGCCUGUUAUCGAAUCCCUGCAGGUCUUUGUGGAACGGAACAAUUUUUUAGAUUAUUUUUUCUUCAUGUAUGUGCGUUUGCUUACCUGUUUGUGUUUUUCCACCAUUUUUUUCUGGCGCAGUAUCUAACAUGGCAAACCCUAAAGAGAAGACCCCCAUGUGUUUGGUGAAUGAGUUAGCCCGUUUCAACAAGAUCCAACCUGAGUAUAAGCUGCUGUGUGAGCAAGGACCAGCUCACUCCAAGGUACUGUAAGAGUCAACACAGCAGACAAAACCAAUCACUGUGUCGGUGUGACAGGGGAUCAGAUGUAACUCCACGGUAUCCUGGUUCUGUCAGAUUUUCUCAGUCAGGCUCACACUGGGAGAUCAGCACUGGGAGGCGGAGGGGACCAGCAUCAAGAAAGCCCAGCAUUCCGCUGCUGCAUCAGCCCUGGCUGAGACUACACUACCCAAACCCACAGCGAGAACGCCUCGAAACCCAGGCAAGCACCCAGGUGGGCUCCUCUCACAGGUUCUGAAGGAGUAAAGUAGUGUUGGGCGGUAUGAACGAAAUCUUAUAUUGGUGUGAGUAAUUUCAUAUCAUGGUAACUUUAUGUAUCACGGUAUGUUUUUUCCCUCCUCUAAAUUCAAGUAAUGGCUUAAAAAUAACCAUACUGUUGCAUUUGUUCAUUUUACUUCUGUUUUUAAACUCUGAUUUGUAUACAAUUACAAACAAAAUGCCAGACCAGUCUGGCAAUUUUUUAUCUUAUCCCGUACAUUUGGGGAAAGACUCUGCCAACCUUUUUGUAUGAGAGGAGCUGCUGUGACUUUUGCUCCAGGCAUCUUUUGGCUCUCAUAGUAGAGCGAGGCAUGUUUCAUCUUUAGGUGGUGGAAGAGUUUGCUGGUGUUUCCUCCUCCAGCAACAACAGCCACACGACACUCUUUGCAUAGUUUUGUUUUUUGAUCAUUGUCGGAUUUUCUAAAUCCAAAGAAUCUCCAGACAACCGAUGUCGCGACUUGCACUCUUUUUCGGAAGUAGUUUCUCCUCCUCUUCCUUGUGUUUGGUGGGCUGGGCUGCCUCCAUUUGCGCGGUACUGCCACUAAUCUCCGUGUCCGCCAUGACCACCACCAGUGAAGCUGUUUCACUUUCGUGAAAACUAUGCCAAGCAGUCUGCUGGACACGCUGGUGAUUGUAGAGAGCGCACCCAAACCUGAACAAUUAAACGCUGCGAACAAACUCCACAUGACACACUGGUGAAUAUAUGGAAAUGCGAACAGAUGUGCUCCGGCUUUCCUGUUAGCAAGCGCAGACAAUUGCACACUGACUCAGAGAGAUGCAGCAGACUUCUGCUCUCUCUCCAGUAUAAACGGUAUAACAAAAUUUUUACUGGCAGACGCUUUUAUACCCCAACACUAGAGUGAAGUCUUGACAGAGAAGCAUUCACUCAUAUCGAGUAUUGUCUUUAUUUUGUUGGUUUUCUUUGUAGUUGAUGGCAUUACACACACCAUGGAGUUAAAUGCACUAUGUAUGAAGCUUGGUAAAAAGCCUAUGUAUAAACUCAUCGACCCAUACCCGGGGAUGAGACCACCAAACUUCAACUACAAUGUCCGGCCUCCAGGACCCUACCAGCGCUCUAUGCAACAGUGAGUCUCCUCCACGUGAAUUUGAAUUAAACUGAGAAAGCUGUUUUUUUAAGAUGGAAGAUAAGGUUGCACAUCUUCUUCUUUCUCCAUUCUGUGUCCAGGUACUACUACCCUUUUCCUCCAGUGGGACCAAUGAUUUACCACAUGGAGCUUUCCAUCGGAGGCCAGCAAUUUAUUGGAAAGGGACGCACACGGCAGUUGGCCAAGCAUGAAGCCGCUGCCAAGGCCCUGAAAGUGCUGCACAAGGAGCCAAUAUUACAACAGAUGCCAGAGGUGAGAGCAGAAUCACACCCUCAGCAUGAAAAAAUACUGAAAAGCCUUUUUUUCUGCUAUUUUCAGGCAUAUUGCUUUUCUUUAAUAUGUUUUCUGUUUGGCUGCUGACAGGUGAACGGAGAGCAAGAGGAGGAGAACCUCAACAAAUCAGAAAUCAGUCAAGUGUUUGAAAUCGCUCUUAAACGUAACCUACCUGUAAACUUUGAGGUGAUUUAUACAUUUCAUGAAUACAUCAGUUCAAUUCUCUGCUUACAAAACGAUUUUCUGUCUGAUUUAUAUGAAGUAAUGUUCCUUAACGUUCUGAUUUGUUGCUGCUGUUCCCCAGGUUUUAAAGGAAGAAGGCCCUCCUCACAUGAAGAGUUUUGUAGUUUGUGUUACAGUCGGGGAAUUUACUGGACAGGGUGAAGGAAAGAGUAAAAAAAUUGCCAAGAAGCUGGCAGCAGCAGCGGUGCUGGGAGAGUUAAAGAAGCUGCCCCAUAUACCCAGUGUGGAAAAGACGCUGCCACGCAUCAAAAAGAAAACCAAAUCCAUCAUUAAGGUAAUGCAGGCAGUCAGCUGGGAUGACGGUCUGUACAGAUUUGAAGACUCGUUAUAAAGUCAUGAUCCACUUGUCACAUCAACAGCUCCAGACCAGUCCAGAGUAUGGCCAGGGGAUGAAUCCCAUCAGCCGCCUCGCUCAGAUUCAGCAGGCCAAGAAAGAGAAGGAACCAGAGUACAAUAUGGUGACAGAGAGAGGUCUGCCUCGACGUAGGGAGUUUGUCAUGCAGGUGAUUUAACAGCUGAGGCGUGCCAGUGCUCGUUCUUGAACAUCUGUUUCAGUUUUCCUCCGCUCUUCUAGUUUCGGUUCGCCCCGUUUAGCUCUUAACCACAUCUGCCUCACGUCUCUCGGCACAGGUGACAGUGUGCGGCCAGUCUGCAGAGGGGAUGGGGCCCAGUAAGAAGGUGGCCAAGAGGAAUGCAGCAGAGAAAAUGCUGGACCUCUUGGGAUAUAAAGUGCCUCAGCCUCAGCCCCCCAAACCGGCGCUCAAGACGGAUGAAAAGGUAUUUCUUCACCUGUAGUAAGCAAAUCCUGAAAACCCAGAGGAAGGGACAUUUGUUUUGAAAAAUCUAGUUUCUUUGUGUGAAGCUGUUGUUUUUUUUUUAUUCAGACCCCAGUCAAGAAACCUGGUGAUGGACGCAAAGUGACCUUUUUUGAGCCUGGCUCAGCAGAGGAGGUGGCCUUGGGUAAAGAGGUUUCAAAUGUCUUGCAGCAACUGUUUGGAAAAAAAUAUGAACCUUUAUCUUCCCUGCUGGUGAAGCUUUAACAACUUUACCUGUCCUUCGAAGGCUCCAAAGAGGAAGACUACCGUCUGCCUUACCUGAGUCACCAGCAGCUGCCUGCAGGUAUCCUGCCCAUGGUCCCUGAGGUGGCUCAAGCAGUUGGAGCCUGUCAAGGAGCCCACGUUAAGGACUACAGCCGAGCUAUGCCCAACCCAGGCAAGGCCACAGUUACUGCCAUGAUUGCCAAUGAGCUACUUUACGCGGGGACGUCCAUGACUGCGGAGAGUAUCCUGAAGAACAAAAACAGCAUGAACCAGCUGCCCCACGGACCUCUCACCAGGCCCUCAGAGCAGCUCGGCUUUCUCGCAUCAGUGCAAGGCUUACAGGUAACCGACGGCCCCCUUCUGCUUUGGAGAACUCGCGUGGCUGUAUGCAUUCAUUUGAUGUUGACCAAAGAAAUAUGGGUUACGAAUGAUCAAAAUGUUUCUUGUGUUUGCAGGUGGAAUACAAAGAUUUUCCCAAAAACAAUAAGAAUGAAUUUGUGUCACUGAUAAACUGUUCCUCUCAGCCGCCACUGAUCAGUCACGGGAUUGGAAAAGAUGUGGAAUCCUGUCGUGACAUGGUGAGCUAAACCAAAAUAAUGUUCUUGAGUGUUAAUAUGUUUGAGAGGACCUUUACACAAAACAAAGUUUACACCUCUAUGACUGGUUGUCUUUUAAAAAUUCUUUUAAAGCUCAAUAAAAUGCAAUAACAUCCAAUUUCAGUGUUGGGAGUAAAGUGAUGUUAUGAAGUUUGCUACAGAUGCAGUAUCCCUUUACCUUACAGGGUUAUACUCUUCUGAAUAGUCAAUGCUGUAACAUGUACUCUUCCUCACCCCCCGCAGGCUGCACUGAAUAUAUUAAAGUUGCUCUCAGAGUUGGACCAGCAGUCAAAUGAAAGGACAGGAAAUGGACCAGCCUCUCGGUAAGCUUCGACUAACACUUCAUCUACAACCCCAAAUCUAGAACCAGCUCGGACCCUGUGUGAAAUGUUACUUCAGACAGAUUCUCAUGUCUCACAAAUAAUUUCGACCCUGUUUCAAUUGAAAAUAAACCACUUCAACGAUUUUAGAAUAAUAUUCCUUAGCAUAGAUUUGCAAAGAAUCGGGGGAUUUCAUUAUCUGCAGUAGAUGAUGUAAUUGCUUCAGUAAAACAGCUGUGGCAUUCAGGGACAAGACGCUCCUGUAAUGCAUGACAAGCAUGAUGAUCCAGUUAAUAUAACUUCUCUAGCACUCUAUUGUAUGUGUUCAUUAGUGGUGAGUUUCGUCUUCUCUGUGCUGCUAUAGAAACAUCCCUGGAAAUGAUUUACUCCGUAAUAGAUAGAAAAGGCCACGUCUGAGCAACCAGAACAAAGCGGUUUUUAUUCACAGCUGAUUAUGCACCAAUUUAAACACAAUUAAGAAUAUUAGAUACAAAGUCUGUGCUGCAAAAUACACACUGUACCUUCACAUGUAGGUUUUAAAACCAUGAGAUUGUGAUUUUGUCAACGUAGGACUGGGUGAUGUGGCAGAAAAAAAGAUCACAAUAUAUUUUGUCAUAUUGUCCGAUCUCGAUUAAUAUCACAAUUUUUUUGAACGAUUUUUUAAAACUGCCAGUUUUAAAGCAUCUGUAUUAAAAACUAGAGAAAUUACAGAUUAGUUCAACAUUUUUUUAACAUGCAAAGUAAAUAAAACAAAUUGAAUAAGAUAAACUUAGAAAAAUAUAUAAACCAUUGUAACUCAACAAUACAACAAAUGUAUGUAAAUACUAAAAAGCUAUGCUACAGUGAACUAGUUUCCAGUCCUCUGUGUUUUUGCAGGACCCAAAAUAAACAAAUCGCCCCCUCAGGGUUAAUAAAGACGCCUCAAAAUGUAACAUUAGAUGAUGUAAACGUAGAUGAUACGAUUGAUUGCUGCUUUGGUCUGGUGGCUGCACCGCUAGUUGUAGCCAAACUGCUAAUCCUACUUGUGCUCGUGAUCGAACUGAAAUUUAUCACGAUCAUAUAAUCACCCAGUCUUUUGUCGAUGUUUUACACAGCGUCCAUGAUUGGGUUUGGGAUUGUAUCUGCUCACUGAUUGCUGUUAGACCUUUCAUACUUGUCAUCAUCUUCAUUGCUCAUAAUAAGAAUUAGGGAUGUUCCCAGCAGUUAAUUUCACUGACGUUUAAACGACCAUUUUGAAACCGAAUAUUCGAAUACACGAAAAUUAAUUAACUCCCAUAAAAUAGCCCAAAUUUAGCACAUGUCGAUCUAUAUGGGCGGAUAUCAUCUGGAAUAAAUAUUAAGAGUACAUGAAAGCCAUACUUAUAAUAUUAAAAUAUGUUACAGAAUCUUAUUUUAGCGCUGGAGAAUGACGUAAAGUACGUGAAAGAUCAAAGCAGCACUUUUCUUUUUUUUAUAUUAUAGAAUAAAUGAAUAUUAUUUACUAAACGGAUAGUAAGGACAGACCCGUUUACACGAAUAUCCGAAUAACCGUGCACAUCCCUAAUAAGAAUACCUCGAGAUGAUGUCGAAGUCUGAGUCGGCUUAAUAUUUGUCUCAUUUCUUGUCUGCUUCUUAAUUAUUUAAUCAAUUUACAACACUAUACAGCUUUAAAAACCUCAGGAAUAUUUUAGGGUUGCAUUUUAAGAAUUAACUCUACACAUGACUUUUUUUGCCCUCAGGUGCGGAAAGCAGGAAGCGGAAGGUGACUUGCACCUCAAACAGGCUAACUCAAGCACAUUGGCACAGACCCUGGACGGCACUGUUUAAGAUGAUCAGGUGUGGUUGUCUGUAAAAGCACUAGAGAAAACUCCGACACUGUGUUCUUAGUCAGCUUUGCUAGGCUGCAGGAAGCUUUGAGCACCGUAGGCUCUAAACACUCACUGUUCAUAAUCAUUGUUCCCAAAUGUUCACAGUUAAACAAGAUUGAUAGGAAAACUAGUGGCUUCCCCUUGAUGUUGUUUAAUUGUACACCUUAUUUAUUUUGUUGCGUUGUAGUAAAAGUAGCUGCAUCCUAGUCAAUAAGUUGGAGGUUUUAACUGGUGAAAAUAAUGAAGCGAAUAACUGUGAACCUGUUUUUGUUUUCUUAACUUCUCUGCUCUGUGUUCGACCUUCCAGCAGUUGUUUUUAAGUCUUUUAUCGCCUCGCUGAGGUAGAUCAUUAAACAGCAUCUCAAAAAAGGUUUGGACCUCAUCUUUGUCUAGGGUGCAGCUGGAGGACCUCUGUUGAUUUUCCUAGAGUGCUUUUGAUCAACAACCAGUGUUAACUACAUCGUAGGGCCAGGAAGACUUUCUGACUUAAUGUAGCGUGUGAUGUAAUGUGAUGUUGUCUCCGCCGUGUGUGGCGGGAACAUUUCCCUGUUGCGUCAAUUUCCCUUCAAACUCCCACAUCCUCCCCCUCAACGUCCAAUCUCUCGUUCUCCCUGGUAAUUAAACUUCUGUGCUUCCUUGCACAAAACAAA